ACACACACACACACACACACUGAGAGAGUGAGUGAGGAUCUCAGUGCGCAGUGCGGAGCUGAAAACAUGAGCAGCGUUGCAUUGAUCAUCAGGGUUUGUGCAUGAUGCAUUAGACACACACAGGUGUGAUUUCACAGAGAUCAUGUGUGCGAUGCGCUCGGGCGUCUCUUCGCGGGGAAAGUGUCUUCAUGAGUGUCCAAAGUAACAGCAACAGCAGUGGAAGUUUGGACGGAGCGCCAUCUUGCUCUCAGUUCUCGACUGGAUCUCCGACCCCGGGCUCAGUUUCUCCGCUCGAUAUCUGCGCUCCGCGGAGGCACAAGGAAGGUAUGGAUGAACUGCAUUCUCUGGAUCCACGCCGGCAGGAGCUUUUGGAGGCACGUUUCAUCGGAGCAGUGAGUGGAAAUACGGGAGGAAGCACAGGGAGCGCGAGUGGAGGACCUAAAGGUUUGAACAAUAACGAAUGUUCCAGUCACAGUUUUGGCAGCCUGGGGUCAUCUAGUGACAAGGAGUCUGAGAACUCUGACAUAAAGAAAGGAGGUUCACCUGCAUAUUCAACUCCAGAGAAGAAGCACUCCGAAUCAUCCAGAGGAAGAAAGAGGAAGGUUGACAACCAGUCAGAGAGCAGCCAAGGAAAGUCUUCCGGCCGAGGCCCCAAGAUCAGCGAUUAUUUUGAUUUCCAGGGAGGAAACGGAUCAAGUCCAGUCAGGGGGCUUCCUCCGGUCCUGCGCUCACCACAGAACUCUCACUCUGCACCCGGCUCUAUCGUCAGACAGAACAGCUCCUCACCCACCAGCCUGUGUUUCAUGGAUCACACGAUGAAUCCAAAACAGCUGAGCAGCAGAAGUGUCCAGACGGAUUUGACACUGUUGAAACUGGCUGCACUUGAGAGCAAUAAGAAUCUUGACCUUGAGAAGAAGGAGGGCAGAAUAGAUGAUCUACUCAGGGCGAACUGUGACCUCCGCAGACAGAUAGAUGAGCAGCAGAAGCUGCUGGAACGUUUCAAGGAGCGUCUGAACAAAUGCACUACGAUGAGUAAAAAACUGCUCAUUGAGAAGAGCACUCAAGAGAAGCAGUCGUGCCGUGAAAAGAGCAUGCAAGACCGACUGCGUCUGGGGCACUUCACCACAGUCCGGCACGGAGCGUCCUACUCGGAACAGUGGACUGAUGGAUAUGCCUUCCAGAACCUGGUCAAGCAGCAGGAAUGGAUAAACCAGCAGAGGGAAGAGAUCGAGAGGCAGCGGAAACUUCUAGCAAAGCGCAAACCUCCCAGCACACCCUCCUCCCAGAGCCCGACCCCUAAUGAGUCCAAACAGAGAAAGACCAAAGCCGUCAACGGAGCCGACAACGACCCCUUCCUCAAACCCAGCCUGCCUACACUGCUGACUGUGGCAGAGUAUCAUGAGCAAGAAGAAAUCUUCAAACUGAGACUGGGCCAUCUCAAAAAGGAGGAGGCAGAGAUCCAGGCGGAGCUGGAGCGGUUGGAGCGCGUGAGGAAUCUGCACAUUCGAGAACUUAAAAGAAUCAACAAUGAGGACAGUUCUCAGUUUAAAGACCAUCCAACCCUUAAUGAAAGGUAUCUUCUCUUACACUUGCUGGGAAGAGGAGGUUUCAGUGAAGUUUAUAAGGCAUUUGACCUGUUUGAGCAGCGAUAUGCUGCUGUGAAGAUCCACCAGCUCAACAAGAACUGGAGAGAGGAGAAGAAGGAGAACUACCACAAACAUGCCUGUAGAGAAUAUAGAAUCCACAAGCAACUGGACCAUCCCAGAAUAGUCAAACUCUACGACUACUUUUCCCUGGACACUGACACAUUCUGCACUGUUCUUGAGUUCUGUGAGGGGAAUGAUCUCGACUUCUAUCUGAAGCAACACAAGCUGAUGUCUGAGAAAGAGGCUCGCUCCAUUGUCAUGCAGAUAGUCAACGCCCUCCGAUACCUCAACGAGAUCAAACCACCCAUCAUCCACUACGACCUGAAACCAGGAAAUAUCCUGUUGGUGGAUGGAACAGCAUGUGGGGAGAUAAAGAUCACAGACUUUGGCCUGUCUAAAAUCAUGGAUGACGACAGCUACGGAGUGGACGGGAUGGACCUGACAUCGCAGGGAGCCGGAACCUACUGGUAUUUGCCACCAGAGUGUUUUGUUGUUGGUAAAGAACCUCCAAAGAUCUCUAAUAAAGUAGACGUGUGGUCUGUGGGCGUUAUUUUCUUCCAGUGCCUGUAUGGACGAAAGCCGUUUGGACAUAAUCAAUCCCAGCAAGACAUCCUUCAAGAAAACACCAUCCUGAAAGCCACCGAGGUGCAGUUUCCUGCCAAACCCGUGGCGAGCAACGAGGCCAAGGCGUUUAUCCGCCGCUGUCUGGCUUACAGGAAGGAGGAUCGCUUUGACGUCCAUCAGCUGGGUAGCGACUCGUACCUUCUUCCUCACAUGAGACGAUCCAAUUCGUCGGGGAACUUGCAGGCCACGCCCGCAAGCCCCGCCUCUUCAGGAAUCAUCUCCUACUGAUUGGCUGAUCGAUUACGAUUGACGGUUCUGAUGGCGAGCUCCCUCCCUUCGUCACCUCGGGGUGGACCGGAAGAGGGAGGAGCUAUACAGGCUGUAGGACACGCCCACACCGGCCACAGUGACUGCCAUUGAUAUUGGGGCAGGAAUGGCUGAUGUCAUUUCCUGUGAGGAUCCAGAUGUCAGUCAGAGCUAGAACCAUUUGAAAAUGGAUAUUUGUUUGUUUUUGUUUUUUUACCCAAGGCAUUUUGUGGAGUAGGUUUGGGAGGGUCACGCUAAUGUUUUAGCUUCUUGUUGAUAUCCUCCCUGAGCUACGCCUCUGUAACGAGGUGUUUCGUUUUGUGUAAGUGUGAAAUUUAGAGACAAUUAAUUGUAGUGUGAUUGAAAAUAGAGCGAGUGUUUUAAUGUGACACAACGGUGUCUAUGUGUGCGCCUGUGAAUGGAUGUUUUACGCCACAGCGUUAUAUGUCGGCUGUUCAUAACAUACAUGUGUUGGGCACAGAUUGCAAGGUGCGUGUGUUACAAAAAUGCUGUGUCUAUUUUACUUCAAAGUAAUGUAUGAAAAGUGUCAGUUUAUGUUUAAAUGGGCUUAAUAUUUGCAAAACAUGAAUGGGUGAAUCUCACCAAAAGUGUCCAGGUCACAUUUCACCCCAGAAUCAAGGGGACAAAAAAUUACUGUACGCGAAAGAAAUGAAGGCUGUUUUGUUCCAUCAGAUUUUGUCAGUUUUCAUGACGGUUAAACAUAAAAUAUAUAUUUUUCAUUUUAUAUAAUGUGCAUAAAUAUUUGUGUAUAUAUAAAUAUGUAUAAAUUCAUUCCUUAUAAUAGUUUAACUGUCAUGAAAAUUGUGUUGUAUAUACACAAACACGCAUAUAUAUUCUCAAGUUCUGUUCUAUUAAAGGCAAUAUAACAUACUGUGUAUAUACAAGAUGUGUUUUUUGUAUUACAGUGAGUUGUCAUCAGUUUUGUCAGUUUUGAUUUUUGGAGUGGAAAAUGUCCUGGACAUGUUGUUGACCAGUUUCUUGAGAUUCACCUGUUCGUCCUGCGUGUCGGAGGAGAAACGUUAAAUCAUCUCAGUAGAAUAGACCUCCUAUAGCAGCUCUCAAACAUCACGUGAGUGUAUUAAUGAAUCCAGCCUGUGCAGGGUUUCAUAUUUUCUCAGUUUGUUGGUUACUUUUGUUGUCUGAUGCGGCAUCAUCACCUCGCUGCACCCUGACAUUGCUUUUAGUUUCCUGAUUUACUCGCAUUGUGAUUCAGACCAAAUGUGAAUUUGAUUUCCCAGGAAACAGCAUGAAUAAACCUCCAUUGUGGUUGUGGAUGAGGUGUGUUUGUGGUGCGUCUGAUGAGUGUGUGUGUGUGUGUGUGUGAGAUGUGAGCGAUGAUUGACAGAACAGACGGAAGGUGGGCCGGACCCCGCCCUUGAUCAUUAACCCCUUUAUGCCCAGACCCAGUGCUGUCAUGUUGCUUAGCAACCCUCGCUGAUCCCGGAGCCUGAGUCAGGUCAGCAUCUCCGAACGACAUGGACCGGACCGCGAUCAAACGCUCGAAGCUUCCAGAGUCUGUUUUCAGGGGACGAAUCUCAGCUUUUGUUGUUUCCUCUCUCUAAAUACUCUUUCAACCCCAGAAGCAGUUUUCAGCUCAACAUAUGGUGAUCUGUCUCCAAGUGCUGCUGCGAUUGUAGAGAAUGUAGCCAAAAGAGAAAUAAACAUUUUUAAAAAUA